UGCAGAGCGGCCGGCACAAAGAGGACUGGCAGGGCUAUUUGGGAUCAAGAUGAAAUACUCUGUGGGUCAUCAAACUGAUUCACUGAGGAUGGGUGAAGAAAAGAAGAAUACCACUGAUAUGAUACUAAACCUUACUCUGGAGAUUAUAUACCUGCUGACUGGAGAGAAUUAUGGACCUUUGAAUAAAUCAGGUAAACAUAUGAAAUCAAUGUGGGAAACACACAUAUCAGGCAGAUGGAGUGGGACCCAGAGCCCCUUUAUGGUGCCUUCACCUUGCUCGCUCACACAGGAAAAAAGCAACAAGCAGAAGAUCCUAGAACUCACCCAUAAAAUCACUCAGCUGCUGAGUAGAGAGGUUCCUAUAAGAUAUCAGGAUGUCACGGUCUAUUUCUCCAUGGAGGAGUGGGAUUAUUUAGAAGGACACAAGGAUCUGUACGAGGACAUCAUGAUGGAGAAACAUCAGCGGCUGGCACCACAGGACGGAACCAGUAACAGAGAUCCACCAGAGAGAUGUUCCAGUCCUGAGCAUACCCAGAAUUGUCUGGUGCCACAACUCCAUGUCCCACAAGAUUCUCAGGCUGAAGACUUCAUCAAGAUUAAAGUAGAGGAGAUGGAUGAAGAGCAAGUGAUGAAUGGUCAGAACUUUGAGGAGGAAGUGUCUGCAGAUUUAUGUCCAGAAACACCCCAUAUGUGGUCGGAAACUGCUGUACGGGCACAUGGCAGGGCGCAGAAGGCAAAUCCCGCAAGACAACCAUCACGUGGUACGGAAGUCUCGAACGAGGACGCCAAACAGCGAGAGAAGACGGCGGCGCAGUGUGCAGAUGGACACCUGAUUAAUACCACAGAGAAAUGUCUCAGUCUAUAUCCAGAAGUUGAAGAUGAUAACGUACUACGAAAUCAUUCAGUACAAAAUCCUAUUACUCCAAAUAUACACCCAGCCCUUCAUGGCCUAGACCACUCAUAUAACCCCACUAAUGUGGAUGAAAUGGUUACACAGAGUUCUGCUCACAUUGACAAUGCAAUAUAUGCAGGUUUAGAUUCUCAUAAUGACUUUUUGUUAGGAAAACAUGACCAUGUAUGCCUUGAAUGUGGUCGGUGUUUUGGACAGAGAUCUAACCUUGUCAAUCAUCUUAAGACACACACUGGGGAGAAACCAUUCCUGUGUUCUCAGUGUGGAAAAGGAUUUGCUAAAAAGUCAAAUCUUUUGGAACAUCAACGAGUUCAUACAGGGGAGAAGCCGUAUGUUUGUCCUCAUUGUGGGAAGAGUUUUGCCCAAAAAUCCAAUCUUCUUGGACAUCUUCGAGUUCACACAGGAGAAAAACCGUUUCCUUGUUCUGAAUGUGGGAAAUGUUUCAAGAAUAAAUCUCAUCUGGUGGAGCAUCGGAGAACUCACACAGGGGAGAAGCCAUUUCCAUGUUCUGAGUGUGGAAAAGGUUUUACAAACAAGUCCAGGCUUCUUGAACAUCUCAGAAUUCACACGGGUGAGAAGCCGUUUUCUUGUUCACAGUGUGGCAAGUUAUUCACAAAGAAAUCAAACCUUGUUAUACAUCAGAGAAGUCGUAAUCAUUUAUGAAGACUGAAGCCUUAUGCUUUUAUGAUUGUUUUCUAAACUAAAAUGUUGGAGCCAAUUAAUAAAAUGUUUUUCAGGA